UAAAACAUUUUAUCUUCCAUAUUUUCCCAAACCUGGCGAGAAAAACCCAGGGCUAGGGUUUUGAGCUCACACCAGCCCGAGAAAUCUUUGUUUCUGAAUCUCUCAAUCCACCUGGACUUUAAAACUCUCACUUCCCUGGGGUCUGUUAUCUUGCUCCUAAAAUUUUUCUUCUAUCACAUUUGUCCGCUUUUUUCAUAAUUAUUCGUUGGAGUAGCAUCUCUGCCUAGAAACUUUGGAAAAAUUGAAAGAGGAAUUCCACAUUUUUUUUGUUCAUGCUGACUUUUGCCUGUGGUUUGUGCUAGUGGAACUCACUCAGUUUGUUAUUUUGUUUUCCGGCCGUCUCUACGUAAUCAAACCUUAUUCGGAAAGGGAAAUCUUUUUUCUAUUUUCGUUUCCACUGUCUUCUCGGCUACCAAUCGGACGGUUAAGGCUUUGGGCUUUCCUGAAUUUUUAUUUUUAUUUUAUUUUAUUUUGUGUAUUCUUCAAUGAUUUUGUGGUCGAAUUGUUCUAACGAAGUUUAGGUCUGAAAUUAUGAUUUUUUAUUUAUUUUUAUCAAUUUUCUGGAUUAUUUUUAUUGGGUUCAUUUUUUAUAAUUGAUUGAACUCAGUUUAGUGAGUGUCGCUUUCCAAACUCUGAAUUUGCUGUCUUUUCUCUUCUGGGUAGCCAAAUCUCUAGCAAGAAAUAAUGUCUGGAAGAAAUCGCGGACCCCCGCUUCCAAUGAAAGGGGCUCCUCACGCGGGACUACCCCCCUCAGUCCGUGAAGUACCGUUUGGCAGAGGGGUUGGGCCAAUACCCCAUCCAGCUCUACUCGAGGAGAUGAGAGAAUCCCACUUCGGAAUGGGUCCCAGAUCACUCCCUCCUCAUCCUGCAGUAAUUCAGGAGGGUCUUGAUGCUCAGUAUCAAGAAAUUCAGGGGCUCUUAGUCGAUAACCAGAGGCUAGCUGCGACCCAUGUUGCCCUUAAGCAGGAACUAGAAGCUACGCAACAUGAGUUGCAAAAGAUGGGUCACUUGGCAGAUUCCUUGCGGGCGGAGAAGGAUGGUCAGAUGAGAGGAUUAUAUGAGAAGUCUGUUCAUUUGGAGGCGGAUCUUCGUGGGGUUGAGGGCAUGCGUGCCGAGCUUGUUCAAGUUCGUGCUGAUAUUAAAGAGCUUAGUGGCUCAAGGCAGGGGCUCACGGGUCAGGUACAAGCGAUGACACAAGAUUUGGCUAGACUUACGGCAGAUUUGCAACAGGCACCAGCAUUAAGGGCGGAAAUUGAGACUAUGAAGCAGGAGUUGCAACGUGCAAAAUCGGCCAUCGAGUAUGAGAAGAAAGGAUAUGCCGAUAAUUAUGAGCAUGGGCAAGUGAUGGAGAAGAAGUUGCUCUCAAUGGCUCGAGAGUUGGAGAAGCUUCGUGCGGAGAUUGCCAAUGCAGAGAAGAGAGCUCGUGCUGCUGCUGCUGUUGGGAAUCCUGGGACAGGCUACAAUGUGAACUAUGGAAAUCCUGAAACAGGUUAUGCAGGCAAUCCUUAUCCUGCUGGCUAUGGCAUGAAUCCUGCGGGUGCAGAAAAUUUCCCUCAUUAUGGACCUGGUCCUGCUUCCUGGAGUGCCUAUGAAAUGCAACGAGCUCAAGGACACAGAUAGGCUUUUCUCACAAGCAAACCAAGCUGUGUUCUAACUGGUUAUCCUGUGAAGUGGCACAAGCUAGAAACCCGAACUGUUUCAUUCCCUGUGGGACCCCUCGCCUAUUCAUAGGGCUGCUUCACUGAGAUCAAUGGCCUGGCUAGAUCAGACCACCUGGUGUAUAGAACUUUGUAUCCUGAGAAGUAAUUUGUCAUUUUGAUAUAUAUGCUGCAAUGGGUUCUGAUGAUGACCUCACCUCCAUGGUUGGGGUGAUGGUCUCCAGGUUUAUGGAACAUUUUAUAGAACUUUGAUCCACCCUUUUGUGCCUCUUUUUGGGCACAAAGGAAAUCAUCUCCAUUUUUACUCCCUUUAUGAAAGCUACUUUGACAUGGACAUCUGUGGGCUGGUGGCUUGUGAAGGCCCCUGGUGUCAAUUGAUUGUGAUCGAGUGCAUACUGAUAUGAUGAUGAUGAGGAAAAAUAAACAGGACCUAUGGAUUUUGGUUUA